UUGUACUGGUUUUUGCGCAGGUAGUCAAGCUGACCUUGCUUGGCAUAAUAAAGUCUACCUUAUUUCCGCCUUCAAACUAAUCAUUUUUCUCUGGCAGAGAUAACCAUCUCAGGCGCCAAAUACUGCCCUCAUACGCGCUGUAUUCGAACCUACCCCCUCAAACGACUUUUCAGGUCUCUGCGCCGAGUGCAGCAUGCGCAGCGGUUACAAAGUCUUCCUCGCUAUCGCGCAGACAUUUCUUUUACAGCCAAAUAAUGGACGCGGUUCUCCGAUCUCGGUCUACAAUUUACCGGAUCAAUUUGACGGCUCUCUAACCUUAGUCUGGGCUGAUGGAACCAAUGGUACUGGAACACCCUCUGCGGAACGUGCUAGAUACUGCCAGAAUAGUGCGCGCCACUGCUUAAAAGGAUCCGCUAUGCAUCGCAGCCCUGAUCUGGUAUCCCGCCGGGCGUUGCGGAGGACUUUGACAUCCGUUCGCCUUGACCGGACCAUCGUGUUCACUACUCAUUUCUUGGACGAAGCUGAUUUGUUGGCCGAUAACAUAGCCAUUUUGGGAUACAGCGUCCAAGUCAUGUUCAACCUGCUUGAUUUGGCUGAGAAGGACCUUCCAAAAGUAUUCUCCGAAACUUUGGAUGGUAUUCAUGAAGUUGGUCCCCAGCGUUAUAUGCCACUCUCCUCGCCGAGCCAGGCAUCAUACCACCUCGCGUCAAGGGAUCCUGCUGUUGUGGAGAAGGUCCUCCAGCUGUUGGAUCAGAAGCGCGACGCUCUUUGCGUCGCGCCCUGCGAUAUAGCACCGAGAGGUCCAUUUCAAGUUCAGGCGGCCCCGCCCGGCUUAACUGGUCCGACUGCGAUGAACCUGGCAACAAAUAUACUUUAUAAUCGGGCAUUGAACGCUUCUGGGGACAUUGAACACCCGCCGAACCUCAUUUACGCGAGCUAUGCUGCUUUCCUUGAUCUUGCUUCGGGGACCCUGGUUGAUCUCAAGUGGGUGGUGUUCUUUGGGGCCGCUAUGUUUGGCUUUCCCGCGCCAUCAUGCGAUUUGGAGAUCCCAUCCUCUACCUCUUGUCGAUUCCUCAACACCCAGGGGCGGCGGGUACGAAUGGAUAAGUUGCCGGCCAGCUUCGAGGCUAACCGACCUGCCGCUGCCGCUGAAGCGUACGCGGUGGCCAACUUCAGCGAUGUGUUGCGUCUUCUUCGUCUGGCAAAGACUUUUGGGGGCAAUAAAGUCGUUGAUGACGUGUCCUGCGGGGUGCCUCAACCUGAUUCAACCGCGCGUCUAUUUUUGGGAGUCUGCCUGCAGUUUACUGCGAUCGACUCUCAGCUGACUGUUCGGGAACACCUCAUGAUCUGUGGACGCCUCAAAGGCCCGAGCAGAGGCUUUGAACUGAAGUCAAAUGUCGAGGCACUCAUCAUUGCAACAUCAUUGCAUGCGUACGCUGGCAGACUAGCGAGUCAACUAUCCUGCGGGAAUCAGCGCAAGCUCUCUCUUGCUAUCGCCCUCAUUGGUAACCCCUCCGAUGUUCUCAUUGAUGAGUUUUCUACGGGAGUAUAUGCGAAGAUGAAAAGAUAUAUGAGGGGCACUCUCCGGAAUGUCGCUGCCGGAAAAGCAAUUGUUAUCGCAACGUAUUCCAUGGAAGAAACUUCAGCUCUGGCCGAUAAGGUUGGCAUCAUUUUUAAACAAUUACUGGCUGUUGGUACAAUCGACAACCUGGUCUCGCGUUAUGCCACGUACCAAGUGCAUUUCUCUUGUCCGACACGAGAGGACGUGAUUAGAGCUCAGGUCCUCAUGAGUCGGAUUCUAUACUCCCGUCUAGCUGACGAUGUUGCUGCACGCUUUGAAGUUCCUAUACCAGAAGGCAGCGGGUUCACCCUGGCGCAAUUGUUCAUAUUCUCUCGCCCCAGGGCGAUUUCCAGGAGAAAAGGCGGCGCUAUUAGAGGUAAUAAUGUUAUAGAGGAGGACAAUUCCCCUGGACAAUGCAGGUGUCAGUUGUGGUAG